AUGGCUCCUCUCACCCCCCACUGGAAGCAGCCUUCCCACCCCGACAUCCAAGAGGUCGUCGUCGUCAACGCCGAAGAGUUCACCACAAAGAGCAUCUCGCGCGUCUCCCUCCCCCCCUUUGCCGUCUUUGCAAAGUUCGACUUUCCCCCCUGCACCCCGGCCAAUGAGCCCACGUACGCGACCGUUCAGACUGGCCGCGAUACUCACCUCAACCUAAACAGCGAUCUGCUGUACAUCAACCACUCUUGCGAACCUACUCUCCUCUUCGAUGUGGGCAACUUCAACGUUCUAGUUGGCCCCAAGGGCAUCAAGCCUGGUGAUGAACUCACCCCUUUCGACUGCCUCUGCGGAACGCCCACCUGCCGAGGCCGCAUCGCUGGUGCCCGCGACAUGACCGAAGCCCAGCUCGACGGUGUCUGGCUCAAUGGCCACAUCAUCCAGCUCCGCGCUGAGCAGGAAGCCGCCCGCAUCGCCCGGUCCGCGGAUCCUACCGUCAACGCCCUCCACGAGGCCGUCGUCCACGCCGAGAAAGUCCUCGAGGCUGCCCGUCUCGCUCUGCGCACCUACACCCGCAACGCGCACGCCCAGAACGGCAACGGCAUCAUCACGCCCAAGUUCGCCAAUGGCACGCUCGGCAAAGUGGCUGGAUCGGAGCAUCGCGGUCCCACCUCUCGUGAGCUGAGUGGUGAGAUGGGCGGUGAUACCAUCCGUGUCUAA